CCUCUCUCUCUCUCUCUCUCUAGACCUCUGUACUUUCCAUGUUCGGUAGCUGAAAAAGGGCGAGAUAAAGUGGAAAAAGAGCCAUGAACUCACCAUCGUCCACAAAUCCUCCUCCUCCUCCUCAUCCACCGCCGUCGACAUUAACGGCGUCGGCAGAUGCGUCCGGUAAGAAGAUCCGGAAGCCCUACACCAUUACCAAGUCACGUGAGAGCUGGACAGAUGAGGAGCACGACAAGUUCCUUGAAGCGCUUCAACUGUUUGACCGUGACUGGAAAAAAAUUGAAGAUUUUGUGGGUUCGAAGACAGUAAUCCAGAUUAGAAGUCACGCCCAGAAAUACUUUUUAAAGGUCCAAAAGAAUGGGGCAAUUGCGCAUGUGCCUCCUCCUCGGCCUAAGCGAAAAGCUGCUCAUCCUUACCCACAGAAGGCAUCAAAGAAUGUUUUGAUAUCUUUGCAAGCUUCUGCUGCUUAUCCUUCAUCGAAUUCCAUUUCACCUGGAUACGCUUCCUGGGAUGAAGCAUCCUUGCUGGUGAACGCUACAACAAGCAUGCCACCACAAGAUGAAUUCGCAACUUUAUGUGUAGCUGAAGCUGAUAUUGGAUCAAAGGGUGUAACAAGGAUUAGUAACAUUGGUGUUAGUGGUAUUGGAAGCCCAAGAAAGACACAACUCUGUUCUGAGAUGCCAAAGCAAGAGAAACGGGCUCCUGUGCUUCAUGGCAUACCUGAUUUUGCUGAAGUCUACACGUUCAUCGGAAGCGUCUUUGAUCCAGACACCAAAGGCCAUGUGCAAAAACUAAAAGAAAUGGAUCCCAUAAAUUUCGAAACUGUUUUGUUAUUGAUGAGAAACCUCACCAUUAACUUGUCAAGUCCAGAUUUUGAGGCAAUUGUAAGUAUUCUGAGCAUCUAAACUCAUGAUUAUAAAUUUUAUGUUUACUUGUAUUUCUGGAUUCACUUUUUUCUUUGCAAAUUCCAUUGAUUUUAAACCUAUAUGCUUUCAUGUUUCCAUUAGCUUCUUUUAUUUUUGAUAGACAAAAGUUCCAUAAGUUGCUGUACCUUGUUAUCAACAUAUGGAUUACUUGUUUUGUUUCACUGAUUCUUUAGAAAGGAUUACAUGGAACCAAGAUAGCUACUUUUGUUUCUCCCUAAAAACAGGAGGAAAACCUAUCCGGUAUUUUAGAUUUUUUUUUUUAAAUAGUAAUAUAUAGGUAGUCGAGCAUGAAACCUGAGUAAAUAAUGAGUACUUUUAUUUGUUCCCAAUAUUCGACUAGUUGAUCUUUCAUAUUUGGUUCAGAGGAAUGUCCUAUCAUCAUAUGAUGUCAAGACCAAAACAGUCGCAGUAGCUGCAGGAAUAGUUCCCAACAACCAAACAAAUGAUUUAUCCUGUUGAGUGCUCUUCCUGGUAUGUAUUUUCUCUACUUUUCCAUCAAAUUCUCCCAUUUUGUUGCAUAUGUCUGACGUUAAAAUUCCAGUGAACAUCAUAUUGAGCUCAAAGUCCCUAAUGGCUAUUGGACAGCAUGCAUGGAGCCUCUCUGAUGUUUGCGAGAUUAAAGAUGACCUUGCAGCAACCAUUAGCAGAGAACAAUAACCGAACCGAAUGGAAAAGAGGUUGCUUUUGCUCCUUUCUACCGACCUUCAAGCUCCAUACAUGGGUCUUAAUGCUGCAGAGCAGCAAGAUGAAUGAGAAUGGUCAUCAUUCUGUUUUGACCUACUACCAGAUAAUUGUGUAUAUUGUUACGAUGUUUGUUUACUAAUUAUUGGCUGUUAACAACACUUACCUAGUAAAUUUUGCUCAUUAAUUUUUUUUUUCUCUUCCUUUUUUCUAGUUUUUAUCAGUAUAUGUAUAACUUAUU